GUAGCUCCACUUCCGAGAUGAAGUAAGUAGAAGAGCUUCUGCACAGCGAGAGGACGAAGACAAUCUAAUUCUCUAAACAUAACUUUUGACAAUUAGACUCUUUUGUUUUAUGGAGUCGGGGGAAACGCAUUUAACAUUUUUCCACAUCUAUGUAGGACGUGACGUUUGUCUACUCUGAAGUUGCCUAAAAUCAAAAGAAACAAUUGUGCAUUUUUACGCACAAACACAGCGACAGAAAACUGGACCACUUUUUGCGAACAGGAAUGGUUUAUCCUUCUGAAGGGUUAUUUUACAUCGAAAUGGAUCAAGCACCACCAGCUCUGCCACCUCGGUCUGCAAAGCCAGUUUCUUCAAGCAUCAACAACAACAUUCGGCCAGCGCUUUCUCUACAAGAUGCUGAAUGGUAUUGGGGAGACAUUACAAGAGAUGAGGUGAAUGAAAAGCUGAGAGACACACCUGAUGGCUCUUUUUUGGUGCGCGAUGCCUCCACGAAACUACAAGGAGAUUUUACCUUGACAUUAAGGAAAGACGGACACAACAAGCUGAUCAAGAUUUAUCAUUGCGACGGCAAAUAUGGCUUUUCCGACCCUCUCACUUUCAACUCGGUCGUAGAACUUAUCUGGUACUAUCAGCAUCAUCCGUUAGUGGAGUACAAUGCAACUCUGGACCUUAUGCUCACCCAUCCCGUGUCUCGCUUCCAGGUGAAUGAAGACACCGUGGAUGUGGCUGGGAGAAAACUUAAGGAAGUGCAAUGUCAGUAUCACGAGAAAUCAAAACAGUUUGAUCGUCUUUAUGAAGCGUUUACAAAGACUUCACAGGAGAUUCAGAUGAAGAGAACUGCAAUAGAGGCAUUCAAUGAGACAAUGUUGAUUUUCGAGGAGCAAUGUCGAGAACAGGAGCGCUACGGAGAAGAGUUUGAGAGAAAUAAUCAAUCAGAGGGAGCUGACAAUGAUCUGGAAAGUUUUCUGAUAAAUUAUGAGAAGUUGAAGUGCCGCCUUGGGGAGAUCUACGACAGCAAGAUCCAUCUGGAAGAAGACUUAAGGACCCAGGUGGAGGACUACAGGGAGACGGACAGGAAGAUAAACAGCUUGCGACCUGACCUUAUCCAUCUAAGAAACAUCAGAGAUCAGUAUCUAAACUGGCUCAAUCACAAAGGUGUACGGCAAAAACGCAUUAAUGAAUGGCUGGGACUACAGAGUGACAGCCUUGAUGACACGUACGUAUUGAAGGGGGAUGAAAUGAACUUGCCUCAUCAGGACGAGGAGAGCUGGUUUGUGGGGGAGCUCAGUCGGACUCAGGCUGAGGAGAUGCUGCAGGGAAAAGCUGCUGGAACGUUCCUGAUUCGAGAAAGCAGCAAACAGGGAUGCUACGCCUGCUCUGUUGUCGUAAAUGAAGAAGUGAAGCAUUGUAUGAUCUACAGCACGGCUCACGGAUAUGGAUUUGCCGAACCCUACGACGCCCACUGCUCGCUCAAAGACCUUGUCCUGCACUAUCGCCUGCACUCCUUAGCACAACACAACGACGCUCUGGAUGUGCGGCUGUCCCAUCCUGUGCACGCAAAAGCUGCAGACAGUAAAACGUCACACACAGAGAAACAUAAACUCUUACAAACUCCCAAACACCCAGUGGGACUCCUGCCUGCUGCCCCAGAGAUGUAACCACGGUGGACAGGCGAUAACGGACAUUUUGUUUACUGUUACCUGCGAGAACGACUGCAUCGAGGUGCAUUGUGUAAAAAUGUUUUGCACUACAGUGAUUCCAUCGGUUUUUGUGACUGCACAGUUCACAAAUGAAGUGGGACCGGAACUUGAAUGUCAGCUGAAACAUAGAUUUUUUAUAUUUUUUAUUUUCAGAGAGACUGUUUAAGCUUUUACAUUUUUUACGUUUCAUUUUGGCCGUUCAUUGGGAUGUUGUCUAUGAGAAAUAAUUGCUCAGUCGCAUCAGGUGCUGCACUUUUGACUUCAGCUUCCACUCGAGUUGAUGUUCCUAUAGCUAUUAUUAAUUCUAGCUCUAAUGAAUUCUGCGUUUGCAUUCGUCAGAAAAAAAUGGUGCUGUCAUAUUGAUGUGAUUGACCAAGUUAAUUUUGGCAUAAAUGCUACAUGCAGAUUAUAAAAAAUGUGUUGGUGCAUUUUGACAAUUUGAUACUUUCAUUAAGAUUUAUAUUCAACACAAUGGAUGAUUAUGUAGCAUUGUAAUCCUUUAGAAUAUGAUUGUAACCUGGUGAAUACUUAGUCCCAUUGACCAAAGCACUUAACUUAAAGUUAACACACAUCCCAAGUGUAUUUUGAAAAUUGUAUUUGAGCAAACGAUAGGGCAGUUUGAUGUACACCUGCUGAUGUGCUGAUCAAAACAUAAUCUGAAGUACUGUAUGUAAUAUUCUGUUACUCAAAGAAGUAUAAACUUUUUGUAUUCUAUCUAUAUCUAUUUUUUCUAUAAACAUGCCACAAGAUGAAAGCUUGAAGAAAGUGCAAUCCAACAGUAUUUCUCUAAAACGUUGCAAUGUAUGAUAAUGAUGGUGACGCUGUUGAGAGGUUGCCACAAAAAUGCACUCUCUUUGGUGGCGUUGGUAUGAUGUGGCCUCCUGUGUCUGUGUGAACUGCCAGAGGCCCGGAAGUAUCCUGCCUCCAUUACUUGAACUGUGGCUUUGCUCAAGCUAUGAAUGUUUUUCGUGACAUGCAGCCUACAUAGCUAAAGAGGAGAAGGAAUCGUGUUGAACUUGGCACAUUUUUUUCAAGUUUGAUGACAAUACUCUUGAAGAAAACAUCUAUUUAAAAUGUAUUAUGGAGGAUGGUCUAUUCAAUGGAAUGAGGGUGAUUCUGCCUCUUAUAAAAAUACAGUGGGUUGGAAAAUACUCAAAAGCAAUGUGAGAGCCUGACUUUUCUUGCUGAAAGACAAUAAACUGAUAAAGGUUUUGUCGACUA